AUGUGUCAUGAAAAAGCUGUAAAUGCUUUGAAGAAAAUUGUGGGAGAAGAGAAAGAAAAAAUCAUCCUUGAGAAAGCCAAAGAAUGGAUUAAAUUUCGGUCAAAUGACAGUGUGGGAUGGGCGAGGCGUUAA